GGCCCUUUUGGGCCGCGGUAUCAGGUCAACUGAAAAACCAGGUCAGGACUACCAAAUGAUUCUACCAACGCUGCCAACAGGUGUAUCCGUUCUGCAUACGGUUUUUUUACAUGGUGACGUUAAGGCGAGGCCUUACAGAGUGGAACAUUUUCGAGACGCUCUUACACGGCUGUCUCUCAUGCCGGAAGUGGUUGCGCUGGGUGCAUAUCAAAUGAACCAUCUGUGGGCGGUGACUUUCAAGGACGAAGAAGGGAAGAAGAGGAUUAUCGCUGCAGACGCGUUUGAUGUCAAGGACCACCGCUGUGUGGUCGUCGACCCGUGUGACAGAGGCGUCCGUAUCAAGCUCUACUGGCUCCUUCACGGUGUACCUGACGACGACGUUCGCACUGCCUUGUCGCCUUUUGGAAAGGUGACUGAGAUCACGAGGGACAGGUGGCGGGUACAAGGAUGCGUUGACAAAGGGUCAACCACCCGUACUGUCACUAUUAAGCUGAAGGCAGGCGUCACCGCUGAAGACUUGCCCCACCAGCUGCGAGUGGCGGAAGAUGUUGCGCUCGUGCACGUCCCUGGCAGAGCUCCCCUCUGCCUCCGAUGCCGUGGCAUCGGGCACAUACGACGCGAGUGCCGUGUACCCCGCUGUGGGCUUUGUCGUCGUUUCGGCCACGACGAGACCCAGUGCGUCCGAACCUAUGCCACAGUGACAGGCCCGGCAUUGAAGGAAGAUGUCACAGAUCACUUGAUGGACGUGGUCGACGCAGUGGAAGCCGCAGGUGAAGGGAAAGAGACCCAGCCCUCGGUGUUAACGCCCCUCAAGAAGGCAACGACUGUUAAUGAAGACAAGCCAUCGGAUGGCUGGAAAGACCCAUGGGAUGACACGGUGCAACCAACUAACUCAACAGAGGUCGAGGUAAAAGAGGCCAAAGAAACGUGCACAUCAACGGAAGUGACGACCGGCGAACAGCAUGACACUGACGACACCGUGAUGCCAACGUCAAGUAGUGCACCUGCUAAGAGGCUUCACGAAGAGGCGGAUGAGCUAGAGGAAAAGGAUCAAGAGACUGGGAAUGACGAGCCUCCUCCAAAAGCUACCCCGGGACGCCGACCGGCGUUCAAGCCCAAGCCCGGCGUUCCAGCCAAACGCCGUUCUACAACCCAGACGCCUCCGCGUUAGCGGAUGCGUUCCUGGGUCAGAAAAAUUGUUGUUGGGGUCUGGGGACUGGGGUUUGUGUGCAGGAUGUGCAUCGGCCGUCGUCAUUGGGCUAUGAAGUCCAGAAAAUCAUGGUCCGCCUCCCUAGACCGUCGAGUCAUCGUAGCAGAUGUGAGACGGACGAUGUGCGGUAAUUGGUUUAGAUUUCCUCCUGGUAAAUGGUAGCUAAUUUUUCGACUGGUCUUUGUGUCGCGACGUUGAACGUGCGUGGACUUAGCGGGCGUAGAAGGCAGUGCCAAGUUAACCGUAUUCUUAUUGAAAAUAAUAUUGACUUAUUGGCCAUUCAAGAAACAAAAAUUGCAACUGAUGAAUGCACGGAGCAAAUGGUUAACGUUUUCCGCCCUAGAUAUACCGUAAGUGUAUGUCAUGCGGCGGGUAGGUCUGGAGGCUGCCUUAUUCUUUUACGUAGCAGUAUUGCUGUAGUUGAAGCCGUCACGUCAUCCGAGGAUGGUAGAAUGGUCCUCUGCGAUUUUACUUUCUCAGAGAUGCCUUGGAGGGCUUUAUGUGUUUAUGCUCCGAACGUAGCACGGGAGCGGGAAGCCUUUUUUGGUAAUAUUCAGCAGUACUUGAAUUGUGAAAGACAUGUCAUAUUACUGGGUGAUUUUAAUUGUGUUUGCUUUCCAGAAGAUAAAUCUAAGUUGACUAGUGUUUGUGAUAAAAGUGCGUUGCUUUUAAGUUCGAUUGUAAGGCAACAAGAGCUCGAAGACAUUGGUUAUGUGUUGUCAAGCGAAAGUCAUACCAUGUAUACGCACUAUCAAGGUCAGUGUCAUGGCAGGCUAGACAGAAUUUAUGCUCCGUUAACCUUUGUACCGUUAUUUUCAAGUUAUCAAGUGCUACAUGUUAGUUUCAGCGAUCAUUGCCUCGUUAUGUCAACCAUAGGAAAGAAACAAAAACCAUCGAAAUUCAGCUGGGACUUAUGGAAGCUAAAUGAUAAGCUUUUGCAAGACGACGUUUUUCAAAAGGUAGUUCAAGAAAAGCUCGAAAAUUUGCUCAGCAUAACUACGUCAGCGUUCUUCAUUGCAGAAUGGGAACUCUUCAAAAGAGACGUUAAAUUAACCGCGAUUGAAAGAGCAUGCGUAGUCCAUCACAAAGAAAAAGAGCGUGAGAAGGAAUUACACCUUAGGCUAAAAUACAUGCUCAGCGCAGAAAGCUCUUCGCCUGGCUUAUUUUCGAAAGAAAUCAAAGAAGUUAAGUCUGAACUUGAAGUCAUGGAUGAAGAAAAGUACAGGGGUGCGGUGUUAAGGGCAAGGGCGGAGAGUUUAUGGAUGGGGGAGACGCCUACCAAGCGAGCAAUAAGUGACGAGAAGAAACACGCGGUUUCCAAAGAAAUAACAGAAAUAACUUAUCAAGGGGAAGUCACUAGUGAUGUUGGAAUGAUUGAGCACGCUUUUGAGUCUUAUUAUGAAAGUUUGAUGGGGAAAAAGACAUGCGAUAUCGAAAGGUAUAGAACUGACUUCUUGCCAUUAAUGCCAACAUUAUCAGACGAGGUCUGUGAAGCGCUCGACAGACCAAUAAGCCUUUCAGAAGUUGAGGAUGCGAUUGACGAACUUAGUCCCGGCAAAUCACCGGGGCCUGAUGGUCUGGGAGGGGCUUUCUAUAAGAGCUUUAAGAGUGAAAUAGCUGUAGCAUUACAUCGCGUGAUAAGGGAGAUGUACGAGAAUAAGGAAGCACCUCCUUCUUUUCGGACAUCGCACGUUAUUUUAAUUCCUAAAGCAAAAGAUCCUGCACGACUUAUGGCGGUUGAAGCCUACAGACCAAUAAGCUUGACGAAUACGGACUAUAAGGUUUACACUAAAGUACUGGUGCGACGAUUGCAGACCGUUAUAAAAGAACUUGUGGGCCCCCAUCAGACAUGCGGUAUCAAAGGCAGAUCGAUCUUUUCGAAUAUACAUACUGCAAGGACCAUACUGGAAUGCUGCGAUGAAAGGGAGGACAGAGUCGCUAUGAUACAAAUUGACCUUGAAAAGGCUUUUGACAGAGUCGUCCAUGAUGUCAUAUUUUUGCUCUUAGAACAUGUUAAAGCCGGUGCAGUGAUAACAGAUGGAGUAAGAAUGGUGUACAAAGAUUGCACUGCAAAGUUAGUAAUUAAUAGGAAAUUAGGCGCCAGUAUAAAAGUGGAGUCAUCAGUAAAACAAGGAUGCUGUUUGUCACCUCUUUUAUUUGCCUUGUAUUUGGAGCCUUUCUGUUUGAAAAUAAUUAAGAGCCAAUCUAUUCGUGGGUUUAUCUACGCAGGAAUUGAGACUAGAGUUCUGGCUUAUGCAGAUGACGUGGCAAUUUUUUGCCGUGAUACAGAAAGCGUGAAUAACACUAUGAAAGAGGUUGUUUCUUUUUGCGCCGCAACUGGAAGUGUUGUCAGCUGGACUAAGUGCCUAGGUUUAUGGCACGGCAGCUGGACACAGGUACCCGAGUAUUUUUGCAAUAUGAACUGGAGCGUUACCCCUGGAAAAUAUCUUGGGGUGCCAUUACAACAUUAUCGUGACAGUGCUGCGUAUUGGAUCGAAGAAGUAAAAAGAGUUAAAGAUCAGACAGAAAAGUGGGGCGGGCAUAAUUUUUCGAUGUUUUCAAAAGCUAGUGUUUGCAAUUUGUUUUUAGUUACAAAGGUGUAUUAUGUACUACAAGUGUUAUGCAUGGCAAGGAUUUCGGUGCAGAAACUUCACAGAGUGUUUGCGGUAUAUAUAUGGGGAUCCACUUGGGAGAGAACUAGCCGGUGUAACUUGUUUCAUUCGGUGAAGAAUGGAGGACUAGGAUUAACACAUUUGUUUUUGAAACAGAUUGUUAGUAGGUUCUUUUUCUUAAGGGACCAAAGUGAUAUAUUUCUGCGUACUGUUAUUCAAGUGAGAUUGAGUUCUUCUUUGCCUGAGUGGGUUGUCUCAUCAACAAAUGAACGCACUCGAACACCAAUAGGCUUUCUGAGGGAAGUUGUUAUGUCCUUUUCUUUAUUGAAAGCGCAUUUUUCGAAUGAAUUUCUGACUUCAGUGACGCGUAAGAAACUUUAUAGUGAUCUGGUUGAUGUUUUCUUGCCGCAUCCUGUUUACCGUAUGAUGUAUAACUUAGGACCUGAACGCAAUGUGCUGAAACGCGUUAGAAAAAUGCCGGUUAGAUCUUCAGCGAAAACCUUCUUUUUUCAAUUGCAUUCGGGCACUCUCCUUGUGAAGCCAUGGCUGCAAAGCAAGGGCUUCUUUGUUCCAUGGUCU